AUGAAAAAUGAUACGUCUAUUCGUAAUAUCAAAUCGUGUACAGAAGACACUUCUUUCAACGAGGAAGAAAACAAUGCUGUUAACAGUGGCACAUUCCUCACCGAGGCAUGCAGGCGCGGGGCCGGGCGAGAGGCGAGUCCCCCCUCGGCGGAGCGUUUUCCUCGGCGCCGCAACAACACGGGCCGAGGAAGGUUUCACAAGCGCCCGAGAACAUCACUGAGUUCUGCUAAGAGGAAGGCUCGGUCGAGGGCUGAAAAAUUGUCUUGUAAGAAAAUGGAAGGGUCAGCUGCAGUGACUCAGAUGGGGUCAGAGGAUGCAGAAGGUAAAGGUUUCUCCGCCCAUACAAUAUUUAGCACAUAUCGGCCGCCUCUCUUCAGAAGGCCUCCAAAGAAGCUGAGUCUCUUACAGCUACAGAGAAAGAGAGAAAUCCAGGAUGUAACCUGGCAGAGUUUUACAAGACAAAACCAAAUGACAAAGUCUUUGGUAUAUCGACUAGGUAUUACAAAGCAAUUAGAAGGCCAUAGAGGCUGUGUUAACUGCAUUGAAUUUAAUACAGAAGGAAGGUAA